AUGAAAUCAUCAUUAUCAUUAUUUCGUUCAUUAAAAUUAAAUAAUUUUAUUAUUCGAUAUGCAUCAAACGAAGUAUCAUUAGGAACGGAUUUUGAAAAAGCAAAAUCUCGCUUAGAAUCAUCAUCAACUCAAGUUGAUAAUGAAACUAAAUUAAAACUUUAUGGUUUAUAUAAACAAGCGACACAAGGAAUUUGUGCAACAACAAAACCUGGCUUAACUGAUUUUAUUGGUCGUGCUAAAUGGACAGCUUGGUCUUCAUUAGGAAAAAUGAAUCAACAGGAUGCACAAAAACAAUAUAUUCAAGUUAUUGAACAAUUAAUCUCUUCUUCAACAUCAAAUGAUAAAAUUGAUUCAAAUGCAGUAUCGAAAAAUGAAGAAACAAAAAGUGUAAAAGAUCAAUCAACAACAGAACAUAUUGAAUUAAUCAAAAAAAGCUCAUUACAUUGGGAAAUAGUUCUUAAUAGACCAGAAAAAUAUAAUGCUAUAACAAGACCUAUGUAUGAACGUAUUAUAGAAAUUCUUGAUCAAGCUGGUCAAGAUAAAGAAUUAGUUCUUCUUACAAUGACCGGAAAAGGAAAAUUUUAUUCAGCUGGAACAGACUUAGCCGAUUUCGCUAAAAUGGCUACGUCAACAUCAAAUUUAAAACAAUCCGUUGAACUUGGUCAAACAAUGUUAGAAAAAUUUGUUGGAAAAUAUAUUGAUUUUCCCAAGAUUCUCAUAGGAUUUAUAAAUGGUCCAGCAGUUGGUAUAUCUGUAUCAACACUAGGAUUAUUUGAUGGUGUUUAUGCAUCAUCUGGUGCAACAUUUUCAUUGCCAUUUACACGAACAGCUCAAUCAGCUGAAGGUUGUUCAUCAUUUAUAUUUCCAUCAUUAAUGGGUUCACUUCAUGCCAAAGAUAUUCUUCUAUUUGAUCGAAAAUUAACAGCCGAAGAAGCUCAACAACGUGGUUUAGUAACAAAAAUAAUUGACGAAAAAUUCUUUUUAGAAGAAAAAGAUAAAAUUUGUCAACAAAUAUUAUCAUUACCUAAAGGAAGUCUUUUAACAAGUAAAUCGUUAAUACAAAAAUGGACGAAAGAAACUCUUCAUCGUGUUAAUACUCAUGAAGUUGAAACUUUAAAACAACGGUGGUUGACAGAAGAAUUCGUUCAAGCUAUGAUGGAAUUUAUGAGAGGAAGAAAAAAAAACUAA